ACUACUGCUGCUGUCCACCGCGCCUGCGCACUGCGGCUCCAGGGAGCCUUGAUUUUGUCCGGGAUUCCCAAUUCUGCAGCACAGAGCGGAGCUAGCAGUGAGAACAGGCGCCGAUCAGGAGGGAAUUACCGCAAGCUACGGGCAAGCACGGCCGGGAUCAGCCUUCUGUCUUCCAGCUGAACCCCCCCUGCAGAGCCCCAGCCCGGAGAUCCGAGGGCUCCUGUGUAUUGUGUCGUCAGGUGAUCGUGCAUUGCUGCCUAUAACCACAAUGGGUAAACAGAACAGCAAGCUCGCCCCUGAGGUGAUGGAAGACUUGGUGAAGAGCACAGAGUUUAAUGAACAUGAACUGAAACAGUGGUAUAAAGGUUUUCUUAAGGACUGCCCAAGUGGAAGACUCAACCUGGACGAGUUUCAGCAGCUCUAUGUAAAGUUUUUCCCAUACGGGGACGCAUCAAAGUUUGCCCAGCACGCUUUCAGAACCUUUGAUAAAAACGGAGAUGGAACCAUCGACUUCAGAGAGUUCAUCUGUGCACUGUCCAUCACUUCAAGGGGAAGCUUUGAACAGAAACUAAAUUGGGCUUUCAAUAUGUAUGACCUGGACGGAGACGGUAAAAUCACCAGAGUGGAGAUGCUGGAGAUCAUAGAGGCUAUCUAUAAAAUGGUGGGCACUGUGAUAAUGAUGAAAAUGAAUGAGGACGGCCUGACGCCCGAGCAGCGGGUAGACAAGAUCUUCAGCAAGAUGGAUAAGAACAAAGAUGACCAAAUCACACUGGAUGAAUUCAAAGAAGCGGCAAAAAGCGACCCUUCCAUUGUAUUACUCCUCCAGUGUGACAUUCAAAAAUGAGUUCGCCCUGAUGCGUUUCGGACUGCACAAAAAAAAAAAAAAAAAAUAAAGUCAAUGUUCCAUUCAGUUUGCAGCUAUUUCCAUGACGAAAACAGAAACAAAACAAAACAAAACAAAAAAAUAAUAAUAAAAAAAACAAACAAAAAUAAUUGCUUGGACUACCUAUAAAUGGACUUGCUUCUUGUGUUUGAGACACUCGUGUGCAUGAGAAUGUCAUUUGCUAAAGAAUUUUAAAAGUAUAUACUAUAUAUAUAUAUAUUAAAAAAAAUACAAAAACAGACAAACAAACAAACAAAAAAAAAAAGGAAAAAAAAUGACUGCCACAAUGUGAAGUGUGCAAUGUAAUUUCAUAAGUCCCUGAAGCCUGUGCAUCAGUAAUGUACUGCAUAAUGAUACUAUUUAUUGUUUUACUGAUGCUAGCUGUGUGUCUCCUUUUACGUGUUAGUGGUAGUGACACUGAUUUGCCAUGGCGAUGUUACUGUUCCCGACUAGCGCAUCUCACCUGCUGUAAAGUAGUCCCGGGCAGGCGGAGGGACAUGACUUCUGCUCAUGGAUCUACACCGUCCCUUUUCACAGAUGUGUUUGUGAUGUCGGUGAAUAUAUAUAUAUAUAUGUAAUUCAUUUGCAUGCCUACUUAGGUUUGCCUUAAUUCUUACCUCAUUUUGCGCCCUUGACGAAUUUGGAAAGAAGCGAAUCGGGAGAAUCGGAGAGAGAGAGAGAGAGAGAGAACAAAUGCAAGUCCCAAUGGAACCCUCCCAAAUUCAUUCAGAGAAAUAUAUAUAUAUAUAUAAAUAUAUAGAUGUAUGUACAUAUAAGUUUCAGCCAAGAUGAUAUAUACGUAUGUUUAUGUAUAUAGUAUUAUAUACAUAGGUACUCAUACAUAAGAUGCAUAUAUGAAGGUAUAGAAAGAUGACCUGUUGUUUCAAUGGGCUUGAGCGCAGUAUUGAUUUGUCAGAAAAGUAGACUGACGUCUGAAUUUUCAAAAGAGGUUGCAAUAUAUGUCCCCAAAUAAAUAAUUUAUACCAUUUGACUCUU